GCCCCGCCCCGCGCGCGGCCGCGCCGCCAGCCGCCAAGAUGGCGUCGGCCCUCGAGCAGUUCGUCAACAGCGUCCGGCAGCUCUCGGCCCAAGGGCAAAUGACCCAGCUUUGUGAGUUGAUCAAUAAAAGCGGAGAACUGCUAGCAAAAAAUCUCUCCCAUCUGGAUACAGUGCUUGGUGCCCUGGAUGUGCAGGAACACUCGUUAGGCGUUCUUGCUGUCUUGUUUGUGAAGUUUUCUAUGCCCAGCAUCCCUGACUUCGAAACAUUAUUCUCACAGGUGCAGCUUUUUAUCAGCACUUGUAAUGGGGAGCACAUUAGAUAUGCAACAGACACUUUUGCUGGCCUAUGCCACCAGUUAACAAAUGCCCUUGUGGAAAGAAAACAGCCCCUGCGAGGAAUUAGCAUUCUCAGACAAGCCAUAGACAAGAUGCAGAUGAACACAAACCAGCUGACCUCAAUACAUGCAGAUCUCUGCCAGCUCUGUUUGUUAGCAAAAUGCUUUAAACCUGCCCUCCCGUAUCUAGAUGUGGACAUGAUGGAUAUUUGUAAAGAGAAUGGGGCAUAUGAUGCGAAGCACUUUUUAUGUUACUACUAUUAUGGUGGGAUGAUAUACACUGGGCUAAAGAAUUUUGAAAGAGCACUCUACUUUUAUGAACAGGCAAUAACUACUCCAGCCAUGGCAGUCAGUCAUAUUAUGUUGGAGUCGUAUAAAAAGUAUAUUCUAGUUUCUUUGAUACUACUUGGCAAAGUUCAACAGCUACCAAAAUACACUUCCCAGAUAGUUGGUAGAUUCAUUAAGCCCCUUAGCAAUGCUUACCAUGAAUUAGCACAAGUUUAUUCAACCAAUAAGCCCUCCGAGCUUCGAAAUCUGGUGAACAAACACAGUGAAACCUUCACAAGGGAUAACAAUAUGGGGCUGGUUAAGCAAUGCUUGUCAUCUCUGUACAAAAAGAAUAUUCAGAGGCUAACCAAGACAUUUCUUACAUUAUCAUUACAAGAUAUGGCAAGUCGAGUGCAGUUGUCAGGACCCCAAGAAGCAGAAAAAUAUGUCCUCCACAUGAUAGAAGAUGGUGAAAUAUUUGCAAGUAUUAAUCAGAAAGAUGGUAUGGUCUGUUUCCAUGAUAAUCCUGAAAAAUAUAACAAUCCAGCUAUGCUUCAUAACAUUGAUCAGGAGAUGCUGAAAUGUAUAGAGCUUGAUGAACGACUGAAAGCCAUGGAUCAAGAGAUCACUGUGAACCCUCAGUUCGUGCAGAAGAGUAUGGGCUCUCAAGAAGAUGACUCAGGGACCAAACCAUCCAGUUAUUCCUGAAAUUAAUGUUGCUCACCACUCCGCUUUCAAGUAAAAGCUUAAGAGAAUCACGCCUGGAAUAGGGCAUUGAGGAGUUCCAUGAAGAGAGCAGAGAGAACUGAGCUUUGCUUUACACCUGGACAUUAAGAAAAUAAAAGAACACCCUCUCAGUACUGUAUAAUUUCAGAAAUAUUCUCUGCAAAGAAAAAGGAAAUCUCAAAAGAAACUUAAGUCUGUUGUGGAUUUAUUUAUCUUCAGAUUAACAUCGUUAAUGCAUUAAAUAAUCUACCUUUUGUUUUAAAGGGUUUGAAUGUUGCUGUGUUUCUGUAGCAGUCCAUUUCCUCUUCUGAAAAAAAAAAAAAAAAGAAAAAAAGGUGUUUAUUCAGGGAAGAAUACAAGCUAGUGUUGGUUCACUUACAAGAGAAUUACUGGUUCAUUAUUUUGUAUUUAAAGUUGGCUCCAAGUGCAGAUUGAUCAUUUGUAUGGUGGUAGGGGGAGGGCUGGGGAGCCUGAGUAAGACUCCGUAAAUUUUAAUAAUCUGCAUAUGUCCCUUGUAGUUGGCUGCUGUCUAGUAAAUGAUGAGAUAAGAACCAUGCUCCUCUUCCCAGAAGGGUGAGUGUAUUAGUGAGUCCUUGCAAGGUGGUUUUGCUGAAAAGCCGAAAUCGCUGUAGGGCCUCCAUAUAUGACAUCUAUUUAUGGKUUUUUUUUAAACUCUGGUACAAAGCUUUUUCUCUGAGUAAUGUUUGCUAUUAGAUCACGUUUCUUGGGCCUAAACAACAUGAUAUUUGGAAGACCCUGGUGUUUUACAGGAUGCUGGAUCUGAAGUUGUUCGCACUGAAAGAAAUUGAAAUUCUUGCUCCUAUACAAUCUGGCAUAAGGGAGUUUUGUGUCGGAAAUCAGUCUAAGUAUGAAGGCCAUGCUGUAGAUUCUCUUCUUUGUUUCCAAAGAAAGCARUUCUCUAUGAUAGAAUCCCAUACAGCUGUCCUAAAAGUGGGGUUUUAUUUGGAGCUACCAUGCUGGAAUAACAUCUGCUUUUUAAAUCACCGUUUCAAACAUCAAAACGUUGUCAUUGGAUUCCUGAAGUGCUUCUCUCUUUGAAUGAAUGGGCUCUUUAUUUCUCUGUAGCUCUUAAUGUACUUGAAGAUUAUUAUUGUUCGAGCACCUUCGAAACACUUCAUGUCAGUGCAAAUCUCCUGCUCUCAGACAUAAAUAAACCUGUCGUCAAGUCGGAAUGUGAGCAGCUCAGCAUCCAAUCUUCCUGCUUAAACACCUGAAUAGAAGCUGCUUGCUACUCCUGAUAACCUGCCAGCUUUUUUUCAGGUGCCUAAGUGGGAAUUAAGUGUUUCUGGCUCUUGCUGUGUGAAACUUGUAUGUAUCGAGGUCACYGGUGGUUGGAAAAUAUACCAUUUGUGCUUCCACUGCUGAUACAGAACUGUCGGGGUUUUCAUUUAAAACUGCCAUCAAGGUUCUAGCAGAGCCUCUCUGACAGGGGUGUGCUCUCUGGUAGAAGUGAAAUGUCCCCAGGCUGUUCUUUUUAGGUGAAUAAGGUAUAAAAUAGCAAUUUAGUAGCAAACACAGCAUAGGUCCAUAGUGUUUGUAGCUCACCACUGAGUACUUGUGCUUCCUAUCACAGCGGCUUCCACAUUCAAAGGCAACUCUUACACCUAAUCUUAAAGCAAAAUCUUUUUUUUUUCAUAAUUUGCCUUACUAGUCCUGUAAUUAAAGAUAUUUAUGAUCUUUCAAGUCUUUUCCUAGGUAAUCCUGCAGUGAUUGCAGUGCUGGACAUGCUUACACAAUUUUCUGCUCUGUGGAAGUGUUAAACAAGUGAUUCAUAGCGCUGCGGGCGCAAGCACCAAGUUGGGCUGCAGAAGCGUUUGCAAUCACAUGCAGCAGUCACCAGAAGUACUGACAGUGCCUAACCCCUGCCUGCCACGUAGACGAGUGUGUGCAAAGCUCCCCUUCCGUCAGCAAGGGCUGGCUUGACGGAGGAGAACGUACAAAGAGUGAUUUCAAGAGGCUUGAGAAGAACCAGAAAUGUCCUCUUAAYGCGGCUAAGGUUUCGCAGCACUAGUGCCUCUUAGUGAACCUGGCGUAACUGCUGAGAGCAGUGGCAAAUAGCAGCUUUUUUCUUUUUCUUGCCUAAAGUAGGUGAAGUAAAUCCAUACUACACCUCAAAAGGAAGGUCGAGAUUGCUUUGUGAUAGUGUCAGGUUAAACAUAAUGCUAUUUUUCUUCAUUUGUUUAAGGGCAAUGCUUUGAAAGUUAAGAGACCUGCCAACAUUUUGUGUUUCUUCUGUGGGCGUUUUGUUUUUUUGAUGUUGUUUUUUCCUGCUGUGAAUAAGCGUGCCAUUGAACUCUGAUGGUUGUUGAAAAUUUAAAGUCAGGUCCCACUAUUAGAGUUGAGUAGAUGGAAAACGUUCACYACAAGUGCUUUGCAAAAAGGCUUCUAUCUAGAGAUCUGAUGAAUACGUAACACCUGGCAUCUGCACCUCUUGAGAUCCUCUUGAAAUCAAGUCUUCCAGAUUUUUAAUGGAGUAGCCCCCUCCGGUCUUGGAACUAAGAGCAUGGGCUGUGGCCAACCAUGAAGCUUWGAGAACACUCGAGCUUGCUGGUUUUAACCUAUAGCUGCUGCAAGGAAGGACUUUGUAGAAUAUAAGACCACUGCGUGYUGUGUUUCUCUGAACUC